GUCAGCAAGUAUAUCUAUAUUGACCCGAUCAGUUUCUGAAGUUUCGCCUCCAUCGUUGUUCUUCAGUAAUCUCCACCCUUACGCAGGGAAAAAGUCCCUCAAAAGCUCGUAUCACCUCUCAUCCGCCACGCGAUUCCUCUUCAGAAUCUAAUCUGAAAAGUAUGGGAGAGGAAAACCACGGGAUUGCCAAGGAUGUUACUGAAUUGAUUGGAAAAACACCCCUGGUGUACCUGAACAAAAUCGUUGAUGGAUGCGUUGCUCGUGUUGCAGCCAAGCUGGAAAUGAUGGAGCCAUGCUCCAGUGUUAAGGACAGGAUUGGGUAUAGUAUGAUUACAGAUGCUGAGGAGAAAGGCCUUAUUAAACCGGGAGAGAGUGUCCUAAUAGAACCUACAAGUGGUAACACUGGCAUUGGCUUGGCUUUCAUGGCAGCAGCUAAGGGAUACAAACUUAUCAUCACCAUGCCUGCUUCCAUGAGCCUUGAGAGAAGAAUUCUUCUCCGCGGUUUUGGGGCCGAAUUGGUUCUCACUGAUCCUGCUAAGGGCAUGAAAGGUUCCAUUCAAAAGGCUGAAGAAAUACAUGCCAAAACACCCAAUUCUUACAUUCUACAACAGUUUGAAAACCCAGCGAACCCAAAGAUACAUUAUGAAACCACUGGGCCUGAAAUCUGGAAAGGAUCAAAUGGUAAAGUUGAUGCUUUCGUCUCUGGAAUUGGUACAGGAGGCACUAUUACUGGUGUGGGCAAGUUCCUUAGGGAGCAGAACCCAAACGUAAAGCUGUAUGGAGUUGAACCUGUUGAGAGCCCUGUUCUCAGCGGAGGAAAGCCUGGUCCACACAAGAUCCAGGGUAUUGGCGCUGGUUUUGUCCCCGGGGUCUUGGAUGCCGAUCUUAUCGAUGAAGUAAUUCAAAUUUCGAGUGACGAAGCCAUUGAAACUGCAAAGCAGCUUGCUACAAAAGAGGGAUUGCUAGUGGGUAUAUCAUCAGGUGCAGCUGCUGCUGCUGCAAUUCGAGUUGCAAAGAGGCCUGAGAAUGCUGGGAAACUCAUUGUUGUCAUUUUCCCGAGCUUUGGAGAGCGUUAUCUUUCUUCUGUUCUCUUUGAGUCCGUCAGGCAUGAAGCAGAGAAUAUGACCUUCGAGUCCUGAAGGAAUUUGUUUAAUGUCACUUGGUCGGUCUACACUCAUUGACUAUGACAUUUUAUUGAGUUUGCAUAUUGUGUACUUUCUAGAGCACGUCCUUAGUUAUGUUUACUGCUUGUAUGGAAUGUUUGGAAUAAAAGUUAUGCUUUAUUAUUGGCUUAACAAAUACUCCGUAGUAAUUUUGGCAGUAGAAUGUCCUCAGUGUAGUCUACUUGCUCGUUAGAGUUCGAUUAUAAAUUUAAAUAAGACAGCCGUGUCAUUAUAGACAAGCGGCAAAUUUGGCAUAGAGAUGCUAAU